AUGCUACGGUGGCGAUCCAAUUAGGGCGUUCAACUACUGGAAAGAGGGAAUACCAAAUGGCGGACCUUACAACACAACCAAUGAAUGCCAACCGUAUACGAAAUGCUAUGAAGGGUGUCCAUGAGGUACCCCAACGUGCAUGGAACACAAGUGCAUUCCUCAAUACCCACAUUCAUAAAACAGUUCACUAUAUUCCGAUACUUCGCCAGGGAAUUAUAUUUAUCCUUAUAUCACAUUUACGGGUGUUAACUAUUUCAUUGGAAAGCGCUCAACAAGUCAUUAUGAAUUCUAGACCUAUCGUUGGAUCGUCUGAGACGUUUACCAAUUUUAUAGCUAGCGCGAAAUUUCCAAUAGUUUAUAAACACACUACUGGAAAGAAUGCCGGCUUUCAUUCAGUACAGAUAAAUGGGUGCGAAGAAGAACAGGGCUUUCCAUAUUCCCUGAUAACAAAUUACUCGGGAUCAUAUUGGGGAAUAUAUGAUGAACUUUCGGGUCUGUUCAAGAUACUCAGAGGGCAAAGCAAAUGUGGAAUAGAAAAAUUCCUCUGUGUCGGAACUUCAAAUCUGUGACG